AACGCUCACUGUAAACCUGUGAGCCUCCCUGUUCCUGUAAGGUUUGAUCAUAAAUUACGGAGCGAAAGCCUCCAGACAAGCGUGAUCUGGCACGCGCGUUCUACCAGCCAGGCCACCUCUCCCUCUUUUUCCGGAGGAUUAAUCCGAAGAUUGUCGGGGGGGGUUGGAGGGGGCGGAGUCGGGGGAUUAGCCGAAACGGAUUAUAGCGGCCGUCCUCGGUUCCCGAUAAUCCAGCCAUCUGUCAGAGAGCAGGCGGGCUGCACCACGACUCCGGGUCGCCGGCUAUCCCCCGACCAACAGGCUGCUAAUUAAGAGCGCAGGAGACCCACGCAAACGACCGCUACUCGGGCUACUGACCCCCCUCCGCCACCCCCUCGGCUGCUCCCGGAGGAACUCCGCGUUUAGGACUCGAGGCGGAGAAGCGAUAUCUGGAAGAAUGGAGGAAAUGUACCUGCUGAAACAUCCAGGGGUCAAGAAGAAGAUCCUCCACGGCGGUCAGGGCCCGAUACCCCACUUCCCACCAGGGACAAAGCUGGUGUUCCACUACCAGACUCUUAAAGAUAACUUUGAGAGGACGGUGAUUGACGACAGCCGUAAAAACAAGCAGCCCGUGGAGAUCUUUGUGGGGAAGAUGUUCAAGCUGGAGGUGUGGGAAGUCCUGCUCACCUCCAUGAGGAUCGGAGAAGUCGCCGAAUUCUGGUGUGAUGCUGCGCACACGGGCCUGUACCCCAUGGUGGCGAAGGGCAUCCGGCUGGCGGAGCAGGGCAGGGACCCCCUGGAGGGGCAGAGGCACACCUGCGGCAUGGGGAACCUGUUCCACUACCACUCCACCGGCUUCCCCGAGCUGGACGAGAUCAUGAAGGAGCCCCAGCCCCUCAUCUUCAUCAUGGAGCUCAUUUCAGUAGGGGACCCCUUCUCCUACAAGCGCGAGUCGUGGAUGAUGGAGAAGGACGAGAAGCUGCAGGCCGUGCCCUCUCUGCACCUGCAAGGGAACGCCCUGGUCAAGCAGGCCCGCUUCCGCGAGGCCGCCUCCAAGUACCAGGAGGCCGUGCUGCUGCUGAAGACCGUGCAGUCCAGGGAGAUGCCCGGCCAUGAGGACUACAUUAACCUGGAGCGCCUCAUCACCCCCCUGGUGCUCAACUACUGCCAGUGCAUGCUGGAGCUGCAGGAGUACUACACCGUGCUGGAGCAGACCACCGAGCUGCUGGAGAAGCACAAAGGCAAUGUGAAGGCCUACUACAAGCGGGCCAAGGCCCACGCGGCGGUGUGGAACGAGAAGGAGGCUCGGAGGGACUUCCUGAUGGUGGCCAACCUGGACGUCACGCUGGCCCCGCUGGUGCACAGAGAGCUCAAGCUCCUGACCGAGAGGAUGAAGGAGAAGUACUGGGAGGAGAAGAACAGCUACUGGGGCAUCCUGGAGGACAAAGGUGGGGCAAAGAGCGGAGGCAAAAAGGGGGAGGGGGAAGAAGAGGAGAGCAGCGUUGCCCUGGAGAAAGAGGAAGAGAGCACCGCCGAUACAGACGAGGACAAAGGACUGGCGGCUGAGGCAGCCAAUCAGGAGUCCACGGGCAGCCAAGGAACCAAUCGGAAUGCGCCUCCAGUGACUGAGGGUAAAGACUGGCAGCAGAUGUUGAGGCUGAUUCCACUACUCCAGGACGAGGGCAAUUUCCUCGUCAAGGAAAAACGAUACCCAGAGGCAGUUGAGAAGUACAAGGAAGCCCUUGAAUACAUAAACUUCCUUCAAACCCAUGAAGUGAAGCAAAAGGGGGAGGACUGGGAGUCCCUGGAGAAAGUGCGGCUGCCGCUCAGUCUGAACCUCAGCCAGUGCAUGCUGGAGCUGGGAGAGCACAGGCAGGUGCUGGAGAUCAACGGCAAGCUGCUGAAGAGACACAAAGAUAACCUAAAAGCGCUGUAUCAGCGAGCGCGGGCGCACUGCGCUCUCCACCAGGAGGAAGAGGCCCGGAGGGACUUCAGCCGAGUGGCGAAGCUGGACCCCAAACUGAAGCCUGUGGUGCGCCAGGAGCUGAGGAAGCUGGGAGAGGCCAUCAGGGCCAGGCAGGUCCAGGAGAAGAAGAACUACUGGAUGGCCGCGAAGGAGAAGAAGAGCAGAGGAGGAAGCAAGGGAAGGAAGUCAGAGAAGAGCCAGGGGGUUGAACCAGGGGAGGGCACCCAGGAGCGAGAGUCUGCCGCUGGACUCGAAGACAAAGACGGCAAGGAGGCCCUGGAGGAGAAGGUGUUCAGUGGCGAGGAGGUGCAGACGGCAGGGGUCCAAAGGGAGGAGCAGGAGGUGCCAGGAGGUCCGGCCAGAGGCGAGGAGGACAAAGCGAGUCCCGGUUUAGACCACAUCAGCGGUGUGACCGAGACCACCAGCACAGAGAGCCCCGGGGCUGGGGCAGAGCCUGCUGCAGAACACGCUCCUGCAGAGCAGCCAGCCAAUGACGGUGCCGUCGACAAAGGGGAGGCCAAUGAAUACGCGGGGAACGUUGCCAUGCCAGCAGACCCGGCGAAUGGGAGCCCGGCGGGUGUGCAGAGCCUUGAUAAUGAAGGAGAAAAUGGGAAUGCAGUGACAGCUGAACAUGACUGACAUGGAAAAAUGUACCACAGGCAGUAAAAAAAUACUUUAAAUAGAGGAAGUGGAGUAUAGAAAAUGAUUUGUACGACUGAUUCAACCACCAACAACGUCAACCCCUGAGGACCCCAAUCUGAAAUGAAGCUUUGAAGUACACAUGCUGAGUAGACUCCAUGACUGUUCCCAUCAUUCAGUUCAGGUUUAACUUUUUCCAAAUACUGGAAGCAAGCAGUCAUCAUUUAUAACAAAUACAAAUUUAUUUAUUUCUGUACACAGUACGUAGAAAGGAGCCCACGACUCAUUAAUUUUUAAAAAGCCUUCUGUUCACAGUCAUCUCAUAAAAAUAAGGGAACACAGGAAGUGUGUGAUGUUCUCAUCAAAACAACAUUUUGAAAAACGUAAAAAAACAUUUACUUCUAGACCAUGUCAUGAAGACUCCUGGGUGAAAAUAUAAAAAUAACCAUAAUGAAAUUGGAAUAACAUCAGAACAGGCUUCCCUAAUAGGUGAUAAAGCGAAAGCAGGGAUAUAACCAGUGACAGGAACUGCUUUCUGCUGCAGACCCAGAGGAGGUUAAGCGGUCCAUCGCCUCCACACGGAACCGGAGAAAACAA